AUUUUAUAAACUUUAGAAUGUUGUUGUCAAAAGCAAAACAAAUAGUAUGUAUUUCAAAAACAGGUGAGAGAUUUAAAUUUGGAAAUCCAGACCUGUGUAUUUUAGAAAAUGCAUCAGUGGCAAUAAACGAAUAGGGAAUGAUUGAAGAUAUUGGAGAUAUUGAUGAAAAAUAUAAAAAUUAUAAAACAAUAGAUUGUAGAAAUAGAUGUAUAUUACCAGGAUUAAUUGAUUCACAUACUCAUCCAUGUUAUGCAGGUGAUAGAUCUGGAGAAUUUAAAAUGAAAUUAGAAGGAGCAACAUAUAUGGAAAUUCAUAAUAAAGGUGGAGGAAUAAUGUAUACUUCUAGAUGUGUAAAUUAAUCAAGUUAAGAAGAAUUAGAAUAGAUUUUAGAAAGUGUUAUAAAGAGAGUGAUUAGAAAUGGAACUACAACUUUGGAAGCUAAAUCUGGAUUUGGAUUAUCAACAGAGGGAGAAAUUAAAUAAUUAUUGACAAUAGAAGCUGUGAGUAAAAGAAGUCCAAUUGAAAUAGUUUAAACAUAUUUAGGUGCUCAUGCACUACCACCAGGAAUGAAUGAGAAAUAAGCAGAAGAAGAUAUUCUUAAUAAUUAAAUUCCAUAAAUAAAGAAAUUAAUGGAUGAAGGUAAGAUCCAUCCUGAAUUUGUGGAUGUAUUUUGUGAAAAAGGAAUUUAUGAAUUAGAAUCAUCUAAAAAUAUACUAUAAGCUGGAAAUAAGAUUGGAUUGACUCCAUCUUUUCAUGGAGAAGAAUUGAAUCAUUUAGAAUCAGGUAAGAUGGGUGCUGAUGUUGGAGCAAUAGCUAUAUCUCAUUUAGAACAUGUACAAUUUUUAUAAUAAUAAUUCUUAGUUAUCUUAAGAAGGUAUUAAAGCAAUGGCUGAAAAAAAAGUAGUUGGUAUUAUUUUACCUACGACUUAAUUCAUUUUGAAAUUAUAACCACCUCCAGUUAGAGAAAUGAUUGAUAAUGGAGUACCAACUGCCUUAGCUACUGAUUAUUGUCCUAAUGCUCAUUGCAUGUCUUUACCAUUUGCUAUGAGUUUAGCAUGUUUGAAUCUAAAAAUGAGACCUAAUGAAGCAUUAUGUGCUGUUACUCUUAAUGCUGCUGCUGCACUUAAUAGACAUAAAACUAUAGGUUCUAUUGAAAUUGGAAAACAGGGAGAUUUUCUUAUUUUAGAUGCACCUUCUUGGGAACAUCUUAUUUAUUAAAUUGCUGAUUCCCCUAUUUGGAAGGUUAUUAAAAAAGGAAAUAUCAUUUAUGAAUAUUUAUGA